CAGUGAUGAUUAUCACAGAGUACAUGGAGAAUGGUUCGUUGGAUGCAUUUCUGAGGAAGAAUGACGGGCGUUUCACAGUGAUCCAGCUGGUGGGCAUCUUGCGUGGCAUCGCGUCGGGCAUGAAGUACCUUUCUGAUAUGAGCUAUGUCCACAGAGACCUGGCCGCACGCAACAUCCUGGUCAACAGCAACCUGGUGUGUAAGGUGUCUGACUUCGGCAUGUCACGAGUCCUGGAGGACGACCCCGAGGCUGCAUACACCACCAGGGGAGGGAAGAUCCCCAUUCGCUGGACAGCCCCAGAAGCCAUUGCCUACAGGAAGUUCACCUCGGCCAGCGACGUGUGGAGCUACGGCAUAGUAAUGUGGGAAGUGAUGUCAUAUGGGGAGCGCCCAUAUUGGGACAUGAGUAACCAGGAUGUGAUCAAGGCCAUAGAUGAGGGGUACAGGCUUCCCCCGCCCAUGGACUGCCCCGUGGCACUGCACCAGCUGAUGCUGGACUGCUGGCAGAGGGAGAGGGGCGACAGGCCCAAGUUUGGCCAGAUCGUCAACAUGCUGGACAAACUGAUCCGGAACCCCAACAGCCUGAAGAGGACUGGAGGAGAGACCACACGACCCAGCACCACCCUCCUGGAGCCGGUCAGCCCGGAGGUGGCCUCGGCGCUGGGCUCUGUGGAGGACUGGCUGCAGGCCAUCGGCAUGGAGAGAUACAGCGACAACUUCACCGCAGCAGGAUACACCACCCCAGAGGCUGUGGUUCAUAUGACACAGGAGGACAUGGGCCGAAUUGGAAUCUCCUCAGCUGCACACCAGAAUAAGAUCCUGACCAGCGUCCAGGGAAUGCUCUCCCAAAUGCAACAGAUGCAAGGCAGAAUGGUUCCGGUCUGAUCAACGAGAAGGAAACGACUUCAUUUCUAACGGAUAAUACAAAUUAAAUAUCAAAAGACAAAUGAACAAUCAAAUUGUUUACCUCUUCCAUGCACUUUAAAUUGGAUUUAAAAGAAGAAGAAAAGAACAAGAAGAAGAAAAGUGGGAAAUAUGCACUUUUUAUCAGAUAUUAGACCUUGCCCUAUUGAGAACGGGAUAUUUUUACAGUCCGAGCAGCGCUGAGAACGGGAUGGAUGGAAAGCUUUUCCGAGAGGCCAACUGGAGUGCCUUCAAUGGUCUGGAAGGAAUUCAGAGGGGAUCGCUCCUCUAGGCAAGAGUAAUAUUUCUGGAAAGUUCUUUCUGGAAUACCCACAGAGCAGAUUUUUGUAUCGUAACUGUGUUCUGUCCUGUGUGUAUGACUUGUUCUCUGUGACUCGCUGCCAUAUCCUCGAUUGUCUUUUCUUUACGUUCGAAUACCAACAGACAAAAUGGAGGAUUCCAACCUCAAGAUAAACACUGAUGUUCUAAAUCUGAGCGGUUGAGGGAGGGAGGGAUGGAGGAGGGAGGGGAAGGGGGUUCUGUGUUUUUGCUCUGUUCUGGUCUUGUUUUGUCCAAGAUUGGGCUGUUUUGUUGCCCUCUGGACAUUUUCUCAGAAUGUCUUUGAUCUAAAGAGGUGCAUUCCUACCCCUUGUCCUCCCGAACCACCAUCUCAUCCCUCCUCAAACAUCUUUCAUCACCCCUUUUGGAUUACAGCCCGCCCCCCUGGGCCUGAUUAUUGCUCUAUGUUAUUUGACGGACAGCUGUUUGGACCAGUUGGAUUCUUACUGUGUAUUUGUUUCCUGAAUGUGGAACUGAGAGCAAAGGAGUAUGGGAUUUAUUUGGGCACGACUGUGCACUACUGCGGAGAGAUGGAUAUGUAACAAAACAACAAUGACAACGACAUCAAAAUAAACAAGAGAAUACAUGCUGGACAUUAUUCAAUCAUCAAUCACAAUGCUGCCACCGCCUUUCGUCAACAGAAUUCCUCCCUCUCUCCAUGACCAGAAUUCCUCCUCUUCUCCUUGGAGUCUCCUCCAACUCCAUCUCUCCAUGACUGGCACGUUCACUGUUCGGCGUCGCUCCAUUUUUCAGAACGGACAAACAGACUAGCGAUCCAUGACCACCAUCAACAGCUUACGAAAACAAUAUGAAUGAUUCAGCAACGCUUAAAAACAUUUAAAUAAUGUAAUAUAAACUAGACCCUGCUCCAGCAGACAAUGUACUUGUUUUAUGAAUUUUUAAGUUUAUUUUCCUUUGUGUUUUUGGUUUGCAUGUAAAGUGAGCAUGUGGUAGUGUGUUGAGUGUGUAUGUGUGUGUGCUUGAGUGAGGGAAUGAGUGUGUAUUUGUGUUUGAGUGAGUGAGUGAGUGAGUGAGUGAGUGAGUGAGUGAGUGAGUGAGUGAGUGAGUGAGUGAGUGAGUGUGUCUGUAUGAGUGUCUAUGAUGUCUUCAAAAUAAUCUCAAUAGUUGUCUGUUUUUAUGCUACAGUGGAGGGGGUUUACAGAUUUGUUUUUGGAAUUUCAUGACCUGCUUUGUGUGGACAAAAACAAUGUAAAGUGUGCCACUACUCCAGCUCUGUCAAUCCUCUUCAGCAACAGCAUUUAAAGAGUUUUGAUGUUUUCAACACACCCUUAUCUGCAAUGGCUUUAGUAGUGGGGUCCAGUGGAAUAUAUAGACAAUAGCCUCCUGUACUGACAGAAACACAGGACAGAUGGACAGUCAGCGGCAUAGGUUCUCUCAUUAGAAAGCAGAUUGGACUCCCCGAGCUGAAGAAAAAUCUUUCUGGAUUUUGAGCAGGGGAUGUAUGUAGUCAACAAGGACUUGAUGCUGAAAAAGGUGAUAAGAAGGGAAUAUCAUUGAUCUCGUUUCAUUUAGAUGUUUCAGAUAUGCACCAAAUGACAGUCAGGUUACAUUCAAAGGACUUAAAAAAUAUAUACAAAUUAUACAAUCGUUAUCGAAUGUUUUUCCGAUCAUAUGUGAUGGUUGACAUACUACAGAUUCCUCCGUCCUCCAUACCAGCCCAGCUCAAUGAUCUUCUCUUUGCUGAAGUGGGGUUUUAAUCCGUCAACGACCUGUCAUGGGGAAAUAUGCAAGAAGUGUGAGGAAAGGGAAACAGAAUGUACUGUAUAGUACUUUUACAUUUAGUUUAUGAUGAAACAACCUAAGAAAACACACAUUAAGGUUUGUCAUUGUAUGCCUCCUGAUACCAUUUGAUCCAGCCAUGUAGACCUAACAUUCUUUUAAUCUUGUUUUUGUUGUUGUAAUAUUUUGAUUUGAUUUUUGGUCAUUUGUUUUAUUUUGUCAAGGAUUUUAGGUACAUGUAACUUAUGUCAUUAUUUAUGGUCUUUUAUAUCUAGUUUGUAAAAUGAAGGGUUGCCAUGUGGUGCAUUCUUAUUAAAGUAGAAACCAUCAAACUGG